GCCAGCGAAUCACAUGACAUUAUUUACAGUAGACAGCACAGCAAAGAUACAACGAACCGAAAAACAGAAUUGUAGAGAGGAGACUAAAGUAAUUUGUAAACCCCUACGAUCAACAAUGACGGCUCGUCAAAGAAGCUUUAUGACUUUGUUCUUUCUAAUGGUUGUCGUUUACUUUGAAGGCGUAGAAAGUCAGUCGUGCGAAAAUUUAGUUGGAGCGACCAAGAAAUGCGCUUGCACAUACCAGGACGGGAGUACCGGUACCUCAAAAUAUAUGGACUUCACUCCAUUGGCGAAUGCAGCGGGCCUGGGCCCCGCAUUCCCAUACAAGGAAGUACCAAGUGAAGACUACAAGUAUGCAUACAACCCAUGCUUUCCAUUUUCUGACAAUUUUUGUCAGGACGCAGCAGCAUGCCAGGUAUCAAAAGAUGAGAAGCACAUUUACCCAAUAGGUGACCCAUCUAGUGUGUCUUACACAGUAGAGAAUUCAGAUAUCGUCAUCACAUACGCUGGAGUGGGUGGGAGGUCAGCUAUUGUUAAUUUUCAUUGUGAUGCAACUGCACUGACACAAGCAACAUACACUCCCCUUGGUGAACAAGGUACUGAUUAUAAAUUCACAGUAGGUACCUGCCUUGCGUGUCUAACUGAUAUACCAAACUGUCAUUCUAUUUCUCCAACUUCUCCACCAGGAGGGGGAGACUCGUUCAUCGGAGGAGCUUUAUGUAUUACGUUUACAGUACUAGUGGUUGUGUACAUUGUCGGGGGAAUCCUCUUUCAAAAAUUCCACCGAGGUGCAACGGGAAAAGAAUUGAUUCCAAACUAUGCUUUUUGGACAGACUUCCCAAUUUUAGUAAAGGAUGGUUUCAUGUUUCUUAUUGGACUCUGUAGAGGAGGAAGCAGCGGAUCAGAUUAUGAAAGUAUUAAAUAAAAUGGACUUACUUACAUGUAUGAUAUCAAUAGUGCUUCCAUAAUCAUCACAGUACUUCUGCAAUAACUACUUAUAAUCAUACUAAUAACAUGGCAACAGCUCUCCAGGACUUGGCUUCACAAAACCACCUCUUCCUUCAAGCAGAGAGAGACAAAUUGUCUCCCAGGGACCUGGUUUAACAAAUCAUCAUGUGUCUAACUUCUUGAACAAAUCCUGUAUGUGACCUUAAAAGUGUAGUGAAACCAGCCCCUGGUCGCUGUAUUCCAAUUAGUGUAACUAGGUAACCAAAUUCGUACACCCCACCGAAAUCAAAGUGACCAAAGUAAUAAAGGAUUGUAAGACAAGCGAGAGAUAAAGGUCAGUAAUAAACUGGUACGCCUCUGUAAAUUUUACCCAAAAUAUGAACUCGGUGAUAUGCUCCUGCGACAUUUUCUCCGGUCUUAUUUUUUCAGAGGACAUAGGGUUAGAGAUAGGAUUGUAAUAGAGUUUUGGGUUUAGAAUAAUGUCAAGAUAAGGAUUAGAGUAUUGGAGGUUAGGUUUUAUGUUUGGCUUAAUGUGUAGAUUUUCCAUCGGUGCAACUGUCGCCGGAGAAAAUGUCGUGGAACCAUGAAUUCCACCCUUUCUAAUCAAGAAGACCUCAUCACAUGAGAUGUGAUUUAAUCAAUGUGAAGGUCACAUUUAUCAGAGUGCAAUGAAAUAUUGACAAGUGUAAAACAUCUAUGAAUUUAGACUAUGCAAAUUCCUGAUUUUGAAGGAAGGAAUUGUAUCAUGCAAAACAUGGAAGUUUUAUUCCACUCCAUUUCCCUUGUGCCUAUCUUACUUGUGAAACUUCAAAAAGAUAAAGUUUUAUUUCAUAUCAUUGAUUCAAUUUCUAUCUUUAUAAAAGAAAGAUAUUUUUGUCUUACUCAUAUAUGUUUUAGAGAUGAAUAUAUAUAUGUAUAUCAUGAACAGUAGUAUAAUAUAUUUUAUUCAUAUCUAUAUAUUGAUUAUGCUCGAAUGAAGAUUUGCUGAAUGUGCGGCCAUUUUGCAGUUGUAUUUUCCAUCACAUAUAAGUCUGGUUCAUACAUUAUGGUGAUGGCAGUGUUAUCAUACAUGUUUUGCUAUUAGAUUUCAUGAAAGCUCAUUCCAAAGCUCUUACCCUUAAAUAAUGUCAGUGCCUUGACAUUUAUUUUGAUUUGUCUUGUCAUGCUUCACACCCAGUGCACACUAUUUGAUUUGAUUGCACCAAGAUCCGUUUGCAACAAAAUCAGUGUGCGCCAACCUACAACCGUGAUGCAACUGCGACCUGCUUUGUUGCAGUAGGAUCACAUCCCAAAUCUUUCUGCAAUUUUUCUGUGCUUUUGCUAAUUUCAGCCAAUCAGAUCUGUCUUAGACGAUGAUAUCAUAGUCAAUUUGCUGCGCUUCUACAGCACAGACAACAUACAUGCAAAAGAAGAGGCCCCAUGAAAUGCGGCACACUGCAGAGCUGUUGCGAUGUGUGCGCUGACAUGCGAUGCGAUUUCACAUAGAUGAGAUGGGCAACUUGUUGAAAUUGGAUCUUUGUGCAAUCUCGUUGCCUAGUGUGCACUGGGUUGAAAAAAACUGUCUAGCUUUGGUGAGGGAUCAAUAAUUUGAUUUAUAUUUGAGUAUCACCAAACAUUCCAGUCCAAAACAUUUGGCCUUGGAUAUUUUUCAAUAGCAAAUUCUCUGUAAAAUUUGAAUAUUCAUAUCAAAAAACAUAUCUAGCACCUUCUAUCAUUGAUAUUUUUUUUUUUCAUUUUAUGUUUAUACCUGUAUCCUGAAAUUGUCUACCUACUGUAUGCCUGCUUUGGAAAAGGUUUUAUAUCAAAUAGAAAAAACCAUGCAGAUUUAAUUUUGAUCAGGCUUUCAAUCAAUGUUCAUGUAAAAUGCACAUUUUGGGGGACAGGUUUUCAAUGAGAUUUUGAUUAUUCUUUCUUUCAUAUGCUUUCACCAUUUCACUGUAUGUGAUUUUGUUAUUUGUUUUGAAAACACUUGUAAUGUUCAGUUUGAAAACAUGAUUAUGUUUAUGUUACUUUGCUGCAGGAAUAUCCAGGAAAUAUUCAUUCUAUGCAGUGUAUAGCUAUCAUUGUUCCAUCCAUUUGUUUUUGUUUAAUAUUGUAUGGUUUCUUUCAUGAGUCUUCUUUAUGUGGCAUCAUUGGGCUAGUCUGCAGGCACAGACCUUUGUUUUCACAAUUCACAUAGUGCAUAAGGCGGAGUCUGAAGUAAUGAGACUAGAUUCAUUAUGUAUUGUGGCUGCCUCUAUGUUUCUUAUUUGACACUGAGGCCCGUAUUCUGAAGUCGGGGUUAACUUAGACCAUGGUCUAACACUGCUAAAAUUAUGGGAAGCCAAAAGCCUCAAAAUUUUUUAUUAAGUUAUAUGUUUCUUAUACUGUGCUCUUUCCUGAUUCUUCAAUGGUGAAGACAAUCAUCUAUGUAUACAAUUCUUCAAUGGUGAAGACAAUCAUCUAUGUAUACAUCCUAGACAAUUAUGAAUGAUUUGAGAGUCAAAUGAGCUGAAAUAUGAUAUCUUUACUGUUAGUGAUUUAUGUAAAAAUUGGCUAUCCAUACUUAAACCACAACUUUAAACCUGAGUUUAUGUUAAACCUGACUUCAGAAUACGGGCCUGAGAGUUUGGCAUCUAAUCUUCACUCUAGACAUGGUAUAUUGGUUAAAAUGUCAAAUGCAGGUCUAUGCUUGCAGACUAUCAUUGGGCAUUGUCUGAAAAUAAACUGGUAAUAUAAAGUGCAUUUCAUUUUCUGUGAUAUUUAUGCCAAAGAAAUAUCAAUAUUGCAACUUAUCUAAAGAUAAGGCAUACAUUAUUGUAGUUUUAUUUUGUUGGCAGCACUUUCAGAAUAUCAGCAUUUCAUGAAUGCACACUAAACCUGAAAUAAUGCAAACAGUCUUGAAGAGAUGAUUUUUGUGCUCAAAUUAUAUGAGGAAUACAUGUAGAUUGUUAUUAAAUCAUUGUCUUUCAGCUAUCAUCACUAUCCGUGCCUAUUAAUAGAGAAAUAUAAAUUCAGUGAAGUCUUUGAAAGCUUUGAGCUUGGUGGUUUCAAGUAAUCCAAGGUUUACAAUUUAUGAGUAAUAUUUUUGUUUUAAUGCUAAAAAUGACAGAAUUACUUUUUAACUGUUCUAGUAGUAAACCAUACACUCAACAUUUUAUGAACCAUUGCAAGUUAUCUUUUAUUAAUGAUGAUCUACCAAAAACAUUCACUUUCAUGUGUGACUUCUCGCCAAUAAGUUAUUUUGUCCAAAGAAAUAUUCAUAAUUUGAUUUAGGCUUUAUUAUGAGGAAAUACAGCUUUAUUACAUGCAUAUCAUUUAUAGUAUUGUAUUGUAUUGUAUUGGUUGAUUGAACAUUUUAUGUACUGCCACAUUUGGUAAAUGGCUCAAAAUUUGGUUUCAUGUAUGACAUGUAGAACUUCUCACCAAUGACUUCUUUUAUCUAAUUAAUAGUAAUGAAAAUGAAAUAUAUUUUAUUGUAUAUAGAAUUCUAUCAUUUAUUGCAUUGUAUUGGACAGAUGUGCUCAUUGUGUUGCCAUUUCUGCUUAUUGCUUCAAGCAAGAACUUCUGAUACAAUGGCUGCUCUCGUAGGGCUGGGAUGAGACUAUGAAAUAGGAAUAGAUUGAAUACGCAUCAACAGAAGAAUGUGUAUUUUUUAAAUGGAUACCAGGUUUGAAUGGUUUCAUUAAAACUUUUAUGAAAAAUUGCUGACAUUUGAAUCUGAGUGUAUGAUAAAUUUGCUCUGAUAUUGUUAGAUAACCUUUCACGUGAUAUUAUUGCUAAUUAUGUAGGCUAACCCAGUAAUUUUCCAGCCAUUUCAGUUUGCAUAUUAGGGUGAAUUUUAAACUAGUACUAUUAAAAAAGCUUACUGUAUGACCAAAACCGUACUUUUCUGCUCAUUUUCAAUCAUUGAAGUCGCCUUGAUGAAUAAGUCUUUAUAGUAAGGUUAGAUUAUGAACAAAUUAUAAGAUAGAUUUAAGAGUUGCUAUUUGUUAAAGUAGAAUUAAUCGCGAUAUAGUAUUGGUCUUUCAAGGAAACUUGAUGAAUGGGUUUACUAACAAAUAAACUCCUUAUUGGUAAUGAUUAAUGUUGAAA